AUGACAACAGUUAAAUGUUUACAUGAAGAUUUACUCUAUACCAUUGUACCGAAAUGCUCAUCAUCAACAGAUAUGUGGCAUUUUCUUCAAGCACUCGACUAUGAACUAGCAAGAAUGAUUAAUUUACGUUCAUUUUGGAGUCGUAUUCACUUAUCUUCAUUACACAAUAAGCAUAUUUUAUUAUCGUUUGCUAAAAAUAUUGCUAUUCAUUGCAUAGACCUUCGUAUUGAUAAUCUCAAUUGGAUGAUUGUAGCCGAUAUGCGUCGAUUACUUUCUAAUUUUCGUUUAUUAAUCUCGUUUCAUACUGGCAACGUUGCAUUAUCGAAUAGUACCUUAAUUAAUGAUAUUAAAGUACUUUUUCCUUUUUUAAAAUAUAUUACUCUAUUAAUAUCACUUGAUAGUUUAAUAAUAUUAUCGUCAUUUACUCGUUCAUCACCAAUUGAUCAUGAUGUGUUCAAAGAUAUAUGUGCAUCAUUAAAUGAGAUUAACGAACUAAAACAUGUAUCUUUAGUACUGCAAGAUAAAAAAGGAGCUUGUCUUUCUGAUCCAAGUGCUCGACUGUGUUUUCGUUCAGUAUGUUCAUAUAUAUCUAAUAUGAACAAUAAUUAUAAAUUAAUAUCUAUUGAAGAAAACGGUUAUGAUUUUAAAAAUCGAUUUUUUUCACUUGACACUUCGAUGAGACCAACUUUUGAACAGAUAAAUUUAUUUUUACAACCGACAUUGAAUCAUUUAAUAGUUUAUUUUCGACCGAUGUCAAAUGUAAAUUUAACAUUAAAUACAAAAGAUUCUUCGGUGAAUAAAUUGCAACUACAAACAUUAGUAUUACCAUGCGUACCAUCAACAUCAGAUUCAAUUAAUAUUCUUGAUCUUUAUCAAAUACAAAUACUUGAUCUUGGUAAUGUAGAUGUAAAAAGUCGAACAGAAUUAGCAAGACUCGAUGAAAUACUUUUUUGUCAUCGUCAAAAUACUCUUCGAAAUUUAACUAUUAAUUUAAAUGAAUGGCAAUCAACAAGACUCGUUGUUAGAUGGAAGAAACAAGGCAAUAACAAAUUAACAACAGCUUCAACAGCACACUUUAGUUCUGUGUUCGAAAACUGUUUUGAUAAUAUUUCGACAUUAGAAGAAGAUGAAGUCGAAGAAAUGGAAACAACUAUUUUAUCGGAUUCAUCUCUAGAUAUCGAAGAGCCAUCUUCAACUAUUAUAGAUGAAAUUUCUCUUGAAUUCAUUGAUGAUACACAAUCAUCUAUUUUUCAAUUAUCUUUCAAAGAAGUUUGGCUGAAUAAAUUAACGAAUCUAAACUUAACCGGUAUUCAUUGUCAUUCUUUCGAUUUCAAAUAUUUGUUUGAUUGCUUACAUUUACUGCGAUCAUUAAGUCUUUCUCCUUGUUUACUUCUAUAUAUCGAUCAAUUAAAAUGUCAUUGUCAAACAGAGCCAACUUCUGUUCCAUAUGAAAUGCAUUCAUUGAAUAAAAAUCUUCUUUCACUUAAUCUAGUCUCACAUAUAUCAAAUAUGAAACAAUCAUGUUCAAUGUUUCUUGAUCAAUAUAAAUUGCAUUGUAUUCGUCAUUCAUCAAUUCAUCAAUAUUUAAAUAAUAAUGAAUUAUUAUUAUUUCAUUAUGAAGAUUUAAUUCGUUAUUCUAUUCGUAGACUUAUUCGAACAUUAGAUUUACAUCAUUUAAGCAUACGUAUGCCAAAUUAUGAACUGUAUAAUGAUGAUCUCAAUCUAGAGAAUUCAAAUCAUUUAGAGUCAUUAGUAUUUGAUGUUAAAAAAGUUCCAAUGACAUUUCAUGCAAAAUUAAAUCAUCUUUAUUCAACUAAUAUUUUCCAUUGUUUACGUCGAUUUAUUCUUAUUACGGAUAGUGAUUUUCAAUUAACACCUUUACUUAUCGAUAGAUUUUGUCAACUUGAAAUUGUUGAAAUCAUAUCGAUGAAUUAUCAUCUUACUUGUUCAAUAAUAAAUUAUUUUCAAAGAGUUCUAAAACCGCAGAAUUAUCCAAAUUUAAAUACGUUUCGUUUUUGGAUUGGUAGUGUUGAUGCUAAACAUGCAUUAAAACAUUUACACAAAACAAUACGAUUAGCAUUUGAAAAUAUAAAACCAUCUUUUCAAUUUGAUAUUUCAAUUGUUAAACAAUCAUCAAAAUUAAAUGGAACACCUAAAUGUAUCCUAUAUGACAAUACACAUGAGAUUCAUCAAUGUUUUCAUUCAUUAUUAUCAACUCAUAGUUAUCAGGUUUCAAUAACAUAUUCAAACUUUUUAAAUUAUAAACCACUGUAUAGUGAACAGAAAUUUGAUAAAUAA